CUCCCAGACCCUCUGGGAAGUCUCACUCUGGUGUUGUCUUGCUGUGCUGCAGGUUCACUCUGUAUGCUGUGGAUACUCGAGGGAGGCACUCAGAGCUCAGCACAGUGACCCUAAGGACAGCUUGUCCACUGGUGGACGACAACAAAGCAGAAGAGAUAGCAGACAAGAUCUACAAUCUAUACAAUGGUUACACCAGUGGCAAGGAACAGCAGACUGCUUACAACACACUGAUGGAGGUCUCUGCCUCUAUGCUCUUCCGAGUCCAGCACCACUACAACUCUCACUAUGAAAAGUUUGGUGACUUUGUGUGGAGGAGUGAGGAUGAGCUAGGACCCAGGAAGGCACACCUGAUCCUGCGACGGUUGGAGAGGGUCAGCAGCCAUUGUUCUAGUCUCUUGCGAAGCGCCUACAUCCAGAGCCGUGUGGACACCAUACCGUAUCUCUUCUGCCGCAGUGAAGAGGUCCGGCCUGCAGGAAUGGUGUGGUACAGCAUCCUCAAAGAUACCAAAAUCACAUGUGAGGAGAAGAUGGUGUCCAUGGCCCGAAACACGUAUGGAGAGACCAAAGGCCGGUGAGGGAGGGUACUACCCUCCUUGAGCACAGAGACGCUCUUGGGGGAGCACUACUUUCAUGGAUCCUGGGACCUGGGUGGGCUGGGGAACAGCUGAAUGGCCUGGCACAUGACACUUGCCAGCAAGGCCAAAGCAAACUGUUUCUCCAUGAACAGACAACAGAGAACUUUGUAACCAAUGGAA